AUGAGCUAUAAGAUGAUAAUGGUUUCUGAAAUUAAUAAUUCGAUAAUGAAUAAACUCCCUGCUCCUGUUCUUUCAUAUAUUUUAACUAUAGUCGGUCCAUGAAGCCAAAUUGCAAAUCUUUUAUUAGUGUGUAAAAAGUGAAGCCAAAUUCUGCAAAAUGCUCACUCCCCCUUUCUGUGAAUGAACAAAACCAUUGGAAAAAUCCCUAUUUUUUGCCCAAAAAAAACCACCCUCCUUGAUGAACAAACAAUUUAGAUAUGUAAGUGAUAGUUAGUAUAAUGAAAUCUCAAGCUAAUUCUGUUUAAUUUUAAACAAAUUGCGUUUUUUAAAACAUAAAUUGUAUAAAUUAAAUUAAUAUUUGCUUUCCAGUUUUUGCAAAUUAGGAUUUCGAAAAAACAAAUUUUUUUUCUAUAAAAUGUAUAUAUAAAUUUUGUAAAAAAAAAAAAUUAAUACCCUCGUGAGUGAACAAAAUUUUUUUGUUCACUCAUGGAAGGGGGGGGAGUCAGCAUUAUAUCUCAUUUGAGGGAUCUAGGAAUCCCAAAUUUUACUCAGGAAGUAUUGACAUUAGGGCUCCUCUUUCAAGGUUUUUAGAUGGCUGAAGAAUGCUUUCUCUCAAUCUACGCAAUGUGUAUAUAAUAGAAGAGCAAUUUUUAGCCAAUUUAAUCAUUUCGCAACCUUGACUCAAGAAAUUGGAUCUUACUAAUAAUAAGAUUGAUUUAGGGAUUCUUUGGACUUCUAUUGAUAAAAUAGUCACUGAAAAAAACCCAAGAAAGCCAGGAGUAGCCAAAUUCGAGCACAACCUAGAAGAAUUAAGAAUCACAAAUAAUGAAAGCAAAGCAAUGAAGUUCAAUUUUUUAGUCAAAAAUUUCCCUAACAUAAAGAAACUGUAUGCAGGCAAUACAAAUGUUACUGUUGGAGAAUUCAAGCUGAUUAUAAAAAGUUUGUGAAAGCUUGAGUUGCUUGAUUUGAGCAACUGCAAAGGGUUAAAAAGUCUCUCUGAAAUUGCAAACGAUAAGCAUUUCAAACACACAAAAACUCGAUUAAAAACUCUUUUCCUCCCUGACUAUGACAACCAAAGUGCAAUUGAAUUGCUAAUAGCCUUUGGAGUUCAAGUAAUCACUAGAAAUAUUGGAGAUGUUUUGUUUGAAAUGAAAUCUUCAAGUGAUAUAAACAGCCUCACAGAAUGAAUUAGCUUAGGAGGAGAUAUAAAUCUAAUGCGCUAUCAAGAAGAGGAUGAAGAAGUAGAAGUAUGAACCUAUCCUCAAUUAGAGAUCAUAGGAUCAAAUCUAGAAGAAAACUUGUUGAUACAAAUUUUUAGAAUUUUGAUAUGAAAAGGGCUAAUACAUAAACCCAUAUCAGACCUGAAUUUUAACUGAUUUCUCGAGUUAACCUAAUAAAUGUCUUUCGGGACCCGAAGGUGAAACUCAUCGCAAUACCAGUGAUUGCAGUCUGAGCCCAGGGACUAAGGCUUUUACCUAUAGCUGCUGAGGGCAGGCACCCAACACCCGUUAGACUCUAGGUCUUAUUCCCUAGACCAAGCUACUCAAUAAUCGCCCGAUGCAGGGCCUCAGAAGUCAUAGUCUACCCACUCACCAAUCGAUCAAGUGCUCGACAUCACAAAGCAAAUAAGCUCUUGCUAUGAGUGUCCUUAGUGACUGCAUUAUACUGCAGCCAAGCCAAUCUGUUAAUUUAAGUAAGAUAUGAAAUGGGCUGGACUUAAGCUUCCAUUCAAAUGUCUCUGAAAAAACAUUAGUCAAUGCUGCUAUUAAUUUUGGAUACAAAAACUUGGUCUUGCUGUUUAUGAAAAAUAAUGUUGAUAUAUGCCCAGUUCCGUUCCCAAACAACACUGCACUUAAAAAGGACCUUGAUGGAAGAGAAUAUUGGACCUGGAUUAAAAUAUCAGACCCAGGAGAACUGCCAUCCAUAACAAAUGCUGCAAUAAAAGAAGAUAUUUCAAUUCUUAAUCUCUUCAUUGAAGCAAACUUGCAAAACACAGACUUUUUUGAUUCUAAAUACUGCAAUCCUGUAUGCACAGCUAUAAAAUCUGGAAAUAACGAAUUAUUGAUGUAUUUCAUCAGCAAUUCAUUCUCUUAUUUUAAGUGCUCACAUUUCAAAAAUUUUUUGAUUUCGAACUCUGAAAUGAUUGACGUUUUCUUGAGCUACGAAUAUCUGAAAAAAACAAAAUUUCCGUUUGAUAUUUUAUAUGAAGCAGCAAGAUAUUAUACAUAUAAAGGACCAGAAGAUUUGGCAAUAAGGAUUCUUGAGAUUGCUAUAGAAAUUGAGCCGAAUUUUAAUGAGACUUUAAUGCUUUAUUCACAAAGCAGAGUUUCUGCUAUUGAUGUAUAUUAUAAGCCUCUUAUGCUUUUAGCUUCAGAAUUUCAAAAGGAAGCAAUAUUAUUGUGGCUUUUAAAUCACAAAUUUGAUAUCGACAUUAAAGAUCAUAAUGGCUCCACAGCAUUUAUGAAUGCUGCUGAAAAUGGGAACCUUGAAAUGAUAAAGAAUUUAAAAGGCAAAGGUGCAAAUAUAAAUAUUGUGAAUAAAAAAUUAGAGACAGCCUUACACUUAGCUGCAAAAAGUGGAAAAAAAGAAAUUAUAGAGGAACUGCUGCAAAUGGGAGUAAAUAUGGAUAAUAAAACUAUUGAAAAUUACACAGCACUUGACUAUGCUGAAAAGAAUUACAAGGAUGAAAUAUACCAAAUUUUGAAAAAACAUGGAAUGGGGUCAGGGAAAACAGAAACUAGGAACUGCAAUAUAUUUUAA